AUGAUGAAUAAAGAAUGCAUUUCUUGUAAGCGGGAUGACGACACGAAGCACCAAAGCGCCGUGAAGAACAUCGGCUGCGAAGCAAGCUACCUAUGCGUGGAUGCCUGCAUGAAGCUUAACAACGGUCGCGUCUCGGCUUGCACAGAGGAAUGGGAAGAAUUCCGUAAAUGCUUUGAGCAAGGCAAGGCAGCGUCCGAGAGUGGAGCCAAGAAUCAAAGAGACCACUGA